AUGCCAGGAUUGACUGUCCGCAGAGGACAAGCUGUAUCGCUGGUUCAAGAUCAAGAUAUCGUGCUCACAACCGAGCCUGGUUUGUCCGAUUUGACCAUCACUAUCAUCGGCGCCGUUGGGGACGAUGGCGUCAAGCACGUUACGGAUCUACUUGUCGCCUCAGACAUCUGCAAAAAGUCACCCUAUUUGAGGGCGCUUCUUGACGGUAGCGACGACAAGUCGGAGCUAAUCUUUGGCGGAGAUGCCACAUCCAAACACGAUGUGGAAAACAAAGAGGCUGCCAUAGUAUGGCUUGCGAAUCUUCACGAGCUUCCAGAGCAGCGUUUAGACGAAUUGCGUCUCUUUGACGUUUCACUCAUAGGCGUCUGGGAAGUCAUUGAGCUGUGGGACUCCCACCAUGACGGCGACAUCAAGGAACAGUUAGGUGAUUGGUUCAACAAGUGGUAUGAGAGGAACAUGGUCAAGGCCAACUUGACUGUGCCGAUUGCUCAAGCUCUUGCAUACCCAUGCUACAUGUUCAACCAUGCUAUCGGCUAUGCACGUGUCACCAAAUACCUCGCCUACGAGCACAUCGGACACGUCAAGGAGCGCCCACCCAAGGGUUUCAAGGGUCCUAAGCACCUUCAUAUUAACGAGCGGAUGUUCAUCGGUCCUUUGAAUCAUGCCCGUGGAGGUCUGCGUAACUCCCUACACAAGUCACUGUACUCCCGCGUUGGUAGGAUCCUUCGCUCUGAUUCUUCGCUAUGUUCCUGCUGGGACGCUACGAUCGGUCGCUACCAGCUUGCCCUCACCAAGUGCGAUGCGUGGCCAGUCGACGACGUCCUCAACUACUCCAGCAUCGGCCAAGUCGUGCGUCGCCUCAAGGCCUUCGAUUACGCGUAUACUCCAAAAUGCAAUCGCUGCCGUAGCAUCGACUGGGAGACCAUCGUUCUCAAGGCUAUUUCUAACACACUUGGAUACUUCAACGGCAUGUGCCUUGACUGUAUGCAUCGCAGCAAGCCUCGUGGAGACAGCUUGGACGAGGAGUAUGAGACGCACAAUCAGCCUGUGGGAGGUCGCUGGGACACGCAGUGCCGCAUCAAGCAUGGACAGCCUACGUGGUAUAUCUCAUGGCUUGGCAGCCCGGACAUGCGCGAGAAGAUUCUCCGCGGUCCUGACGGCUACCGCGCACCUGAGGAGUGA